UUGUUGCUUGUUGCCGAGCGCGACCGUUAGCACCAGCUGCAAGCGACCCGCUGUCAGUCAGUUGGCAAAUUGCCGUUAACCGCACCGGACGCGACCAGGGCGGACGAAACAUUUCGAACGAGCGAUACAUACACUGUCCCGAGGGCCUCACUCUCGGUGCUUUCGGGCGAACAGAAAGGCAACUGUAAUAUUCGGUUUAAUUUAUUUCCUAAUAAAAUAAUAACUUGCAUAAGUUUUUGCCUGUUUAGCUUAACGCUGAAGUGAUCUUUAACGAACGUAUAAAAACAAUUCUAAGGAACAAACAACCCUCCAAAACUUCAGUUAAAAGGACAAAAUGGACUUACUGACAAACCAAACCCAGUGUUGGUGUAAACACACCCCGCUCACAAACCCGAAAGUGUUGCACCAAUAUUGAUUGCGCCCGAGGGGUUAUGCAAACGUGUGUGUGUGCGUGUGUGUGGCAAAAUUUCCGUUUUACAGAGCGAACAGCGCAAUUCGGUUUGAAAGCUAAUCAGCCAAAAUAUGAGUAACGAUCGACGGGCUCCAACGGGCUGCUGGCAGAGCAUUUGAAUAGCAGCCGCCAGACGGCUCAGAAAACACUCAAAACCAACCCCCCGCCCCCCCAGGUGCCAGUGCUAAUAAAGUGUCUGUGUGUGUAUGUGUACGGUCUUAAUGGUGUGAUUGCUCGAAUGCAGCAGUACGCAAAUGUGUGUCCACGGUGUGUUACUAGCAGGGGACGAAAUUGGCUGCUGCUGGCGCUGCUGAUGGCGUGAGCGCGGCAGAAAUCAAAGCAAAUCCAGAAUUCGAGUGUGAGUGAGUGCAUACCUAACAUAAAUAAAAAAAAAAAAUAGUGCGACCGAGAGCAUCGAGUGAGGCGUCGUCCCCAGGUGUAACGAGCCAUGUCAGUCAUGCAUCCGAGAAUCUUCCUAAACGUUUGCUUCCUGCUAGCGCUCGGGCACGAAAUCGAAGCCAGCUGGGAGGAAUGGUGGACAUAUGACGGUAUUUCAGGACCCGCCUUCUGGGGGCUAAUCAACCCGCAGUGGAACAUGUGCAACAAAGGGCGCCGCCAGUCGCCGAUCAACGUGGAGCCGGAGAAGCUACUGUUCGAUCCCUACCUUCGGUCACUGCACAUCGACAAGCACAAGAUAUCGGGCACGCUGCACAACACUGGCCAGUCGCUGGUCUUCCGGGUGGAGAAGGACACCAAGCAGCAUGUAAAUAUUUCCAGCGGCCCGCUCGCCUACCGGUACCAGUUCGAGGAGAUCUACUUCCACUACGGCACGGACAACAACCAGGGCUCGGAGCAUCACAUCCACGGGUACAGCUUUCCCGGUGAGAUCCAGCUGUACGGUUUCAACAAGGAGCUGUACCACAACAUGUCCGAGGCCCAGCACAAGGCCCAGGGCAUCGUCGGCAUUUCGCUAAUGCUGCAGAUCGGCGAUACGCCUAAUCCGGAGCUGCGGAUAAUUACCAGCGCCUUCAAUAAAGUCCUGUACAAAGGAUCUUCUACACCGAUCCGGCAUAUCUCGCUGCGAUCGCUGCUGCCGAACACGGAACAGUACAUGACGUACGAGGGUUCGACCACCCAUCCCGGCUGCUGGGAAAGCACGGUCUGGAUUAUCCUCAAUAAGCCCAUCUACAUCACCAAGCAGGAGCUGUACGCGCUCCGGAAGCUGAUGCAGGGCUCGGAACAAACGCCCAAAGCACCGUUGGGCAACAAUGCGCGGCCGCUCCAGGCGCUACAUCACCGCACGGUUCGGACCAACAUCGACUUCGCCAACACGGGCGUCAGCAAGACGCAGAGCUGCCCGACGAUGUACAAAGACAUGUACUACAAGGCGAACCGCUGGACGUCCGAGAUAUCGGCGCGGGGCCGCGAACGGGGGCUGCCCGACAUCGAGAGUGUGUUCCAUUCGCUUCCAUAGUGGCACCAGCGGGUCCGUUCCGAGGCCGGACAGAUCCAGAGCCGCCCGCCCGCCAUCACCGGCUAAAACCAAAACCGGGUGCUGUGCGGGCGACCGGUUUAGGCGGCAGGAUGAGACUGACACGAGAAGAACACCACACGCCAAGCGGGCGGGCGCGCGCGUGGCCUCUUCACACCGAAUUACCGCUGAUGCUGCUGCUGCUGCUGCUGCGUCUGUUGCCUACCUUUCAGGGGCCGCGAGUGGUUGGGUUUGAUAUUUGUUUAUGGUUCUCAACAGACACCGUUCCAACGCGGCUUCUGCGAGCUGCAGCU